AUGACAUUUGUCAACGUGGUCAACGCUGCGAUCGACGCCAAUCCUGCACAGGAAGCGAAAGAGAACUCUGCCAAUUCGUCGGGACACGGCAAACAUCCUGAGACCGGGCCCGGGAACGUUGACUCUCGAACUUCAAUAGACCAGCGCACGAACCACGUCGCAUCACCAGCCCCAGUCUCACCCGCUGGCUCUCCUGUCGGGACACCGAGGAUUGCCCUACCUGACACACCCUCGAAUCGUACAGGACCACCACGCUCCUUGUCCUUCACCUUCACCCACCCGAGCUCUUCAUCCAUCCCGCAUCAUAUUCUUGUCAAUGGCCAGCCGGAAUAUAUUUUCGAAAAUGAUUUGGGGGAUCACGGAAAAUCCUCGUUUCAACUUCAUUCAAGUUCGUCAAGCUUCCGGGGUGCGUUUGAACUUAGCCCUUCUCUGGGAAAAGCGACCACAGAUAAAAAGGGCAAAGCAAGAGAGAACGGGGUUUUCGAUCGGUUCCAUGAUUCACCAAUGGAGGAUAAGCCGCACUUCGUAUUCCCGGGACCUUCUAUAAGAGAAGAGGAAGAAGAGAAGGUAGAGAGGAAACCCAUAUCUCGCCACCAAACAAUAGGACCUACUCGCAAGCCUACAGAUCCUCCCCCUCAAGAUCUCCAGCGCUCUCAAUCUCACCCUCUCCGAGCAGACCCGAAAAAGCCAGGAAUAUCCACAAAAUGGAGCAAAUUACGCGGUCUCCUACCUGCUGUCGUUCGCGCUGGGCAAUCUGGCGUUGCUGUACCACACUCUGUGGUCACCUCGAACGAGGUAAACAUUACGGAUGAGCUCAUUUCUGGCGGUUUAUCCACGUUGAUGAUGGGUUUGUGGUUCGAACGUGACGAGAAAGGACAGCGGCGUAUCCCUGUCCUCCUCCAUCGUCUGCGCUUACGGAUUAGUGACAGUCUACAUCCCUUGCAAGCGCAUAAAGCCGUGUUUCGCAUCGAGUGUGAAUAUGCCAAUGGCGCAGUGCGUUGGGUGGUCUACAGGCAACUUCGUGAUUUCAUUUCCCUACAUGCCCAUUACGCUGUGUCCAAUGCAUUCAGUAGUCAAAAGGAUCCUUUGCCGGAGUUUCCUCGAACUAGCCUUCCUUACUUUAAAUUCCUGAAGAGGGAAUCCAGCGGGCGUCAUGUCAAACAAACAGACUUUGCUCGUUUGCAACGAGAAGCGCUAGAAGACUACCUGAUUAAGCUUAUACGCGCUGUUAUGUUUCACCCAACCUCAAACCGACUCGCAGGCUUCCUUGAGAUGAGCGCAUUAUUCAUCGCUCUUGCUCCGUCUGGUAGCGUACAAUAUAAAGCUGGAUUCCUGCGCAUCAAUACAGAAGGAAAUGGCCCCGGGUUUGGACGAAAAUCAGCACGUUGGCGCGAGCGGAAGGAGGCUCGGUGGUGCGCCGUUCGUGAGAGUUAUAUCACCGUAAUUCGGGACGUCUUUCUCUUCGAUACAGAUUUCAAAAUAAUUCGGCCCACGCGAUACUAUCGGAAGGGUCUGCACCUCUCGCGCCCAGAAUCGGAGGACCGUGAAUUCCUUGUUGGCAAUGAUGAGGCGCAGGCGCAGACCCACCCACAGGCAGAGGUCGACUGCCUGUCUGCAAUAGAGAGCAUCAAAAGCCGCCUUUCGCGGGCCCUUCGAAUUGGUAACAAGUCAUCACCAAAUAUCGCAGCUACUACCGGUGGUGAGGUACAGGGUCACGGGGAUGUUGCCACGAGGCUGGCGCAUACGAGGACGGAGUCAAUGAGUUCUGGCAGCUCCGCAGUAUCAUCUCGCCCUGCGACACCGAUGUUGGACCCAUCUACGCAUGUAAAUCCUCUGAGCGGUGGUGAGCCGGAGAACAGGGAGAAGCCAGAGGAGAAAAACGAGCAGGAGAAAAAGAAAAAGAAGAAGCGCUCGGAUGAUGUCUCCAAGCAUACGUUUUAUGUUGAGAAUUCGCAGAUGCGGUUGAAAUUAUUUGCAAGAAAUGAGCGUCAAAUGUUGCAAUGGAUUACUGCCCUAGAAAAAGCCGCCGCUACGACCCCUUUCGUCGCAAGAAAUCGCUUUGAUAGUUUUGCUCCAGUACGAUUGGACGUUGCUGCUCAGUGGCUCGUCGAUGGGCGCGACUACAUGUGGAAUUUGUCCCGGGCUAUACUCAUGGCGCAAGAGAACAUCUAUAUUCACGACUGGUGGCUGUCCCCUGAGGUGCAACUGAGGCGUCCUGGUAAGCUCAAGUACCGCUUGGAUUACCUCCUUGAGAGAAAGGCCAAGGAAGGCGUUAAGAUUCACAUAAUUCUAUACCAGGAAGUUUCGAACCGAACUACGCCCACGGAUAGCAACUACGCGAAACAACGGCUCAUGUCACUACACCCGAACAUCAUGGUUCAACGCUCGCCUUCACACUUCCAAACUGGUACAUUCUACUGGGCACACCAUGAGAAGCUCUGCGUUAUUGACGAGACUAUUGCGUUCAUGGGAGGCUUUGACCUAUGUUUCGGAAGAUGGGAUACACCGCAGCACGUCAUCAUCGACGACGCGGAAUUGUCGCCAGAAAAUACCGAAAUAUGGCCAGGCAAAGACUACAGUAAUCCACGGGUUCUUGAUUUCCAUACGCUCAAUAAACCCUCGGAGGACAUGUACGACAGAGCGAAAGUCCCACGGAUGCCUUGGCAUGAUGUAGGCAUGCAAGUCGUAGGUCAGCCUGCUCGCGAUCUUGCUCGACACUUUGUCGAAAGAUGGAAUUAUUUACUUCGGAUGAAAAAUCAUUCCCGGGUCAUGCCUUUUCUGAUACCUCCGUCUGAGUACAAACCUGGAGAGCUUGUCACGAUGGGUCUGACAGGCACAUGCGAGAUGCAAAUUUGCAGAUCAGCCGGCCCUUGGUCGCUCGGUACUCCCAACCGAAUUGAGCAUUCGAUUCAGAAUGCAUACCUGAAAGCCAUCGAGUUGUCGGAGCACUUCGUGUACAUCGAGAAUCAAUUCUUCAUAACCUCGACCGUCGUGCAUGAUGUCAAGAUUGAGAAUCGGAUUGGCGAUGCGUUAGUGGAUCGGAUCACCCGCGCACAUCGUGAACGCACUCCGUGGAAAUGUUGCAUCGUUAUUCCCCUCCUCCCUGGCUUCCCAUUUUCAAUCGAUCACAGCGACGCCAGCGCAAUUCGAAUCAUCCUCGAGUGUCAGAACCGCACUAUAUGCCGUGGGCCCAAUUCCAUAUUUUCUCGACUUCGUAAAGAGGGUAUAGAUCCUGAGGAGUAUAUAUCUGUGUUUUCGCUGAGAAACUGGGCCAAAAUGCGGAACGGUAUAUUGACUACGGAGAUAGUAUAUAUCCAUGGCAAGGUUUGUAUCGUGGAUGAUCGUCUGGCCAUUAUUGGAAGUGCAAACAUCAAUGAACGAUCCCAACGUGGCGAUCGAGAUUCGGAAAUUGCUGCAGUUAUCCGAGACACUGACCUGAUUGAUGGGACGAUGGCAGGAAAGCCGUUCAAAGUCGGGCGAUUUGCACACAGUUUACGAAUGCGGCUGAUGCGAGAGCACGUUGGUGUGGAUGUUGAUGCCAUGACUGAACAUAACCCAAUGCCCCACGAAGAAACCAGACCUGAUCAUGAACAAGAGGUGUGGGACCCGCAAUCAGAGCAAGAGCCUGGGGAUGAUGGCGUUACUCAGGCCAAGCACAUGGCUCCUGUACGUAAUAUGCUCAGCACCGCAGCCGAUGGUAUCAAACAAGAAGCACACGCCGCCGGUGACGCAGCUGCUUUGAGCGCCUCCAAGCACCUCAAGAAACCUAUUGGAGAGGUGGAAUUCCACCAGCCAAACACUCCAGACCAAGAUGCAUCCCUGGGGGAGGAGCACAUGACGUACAACCGCGAAGGCACGAAGGAGCCUGGGUUCGCCAGCGCGAUAGUUCCCACUAUAGAAGAGACAGUUGUUCAUGAGGGCUUGCCUCCUGCUUCGCAGGCUGAGAGCCCUCCUUUGAAAGACAAGCUAGAACGACAACUGGGCGAAAAUUCUGACCCCGUUGAGAAGCACACAGCUGAUGGAGAAGCAUACGGUGCUCCGGCGCUUGCGUCAAAGAACCCGCAGACCGAUGACGAGCCGCCUCACGCUGAGUCGGGAGUCAAUGACGCGGACGAGCUUGAGAAGACCGCUCCUGAAGCAAGGGCCCAGCUCAGGAAGCACCUCGCUUGCAAGGUUGGCAAUAAAACGUGGGCUGUACCCACCCCCGCUCCCCAUGUAGAUCCAGAGGGUUUCGAGGACCCGAUAUCUGAUGCAUUUUGGAAGAAUGUCUGGAAGGCUUGCGCUGUGCAUAAUACUGAGAUUUAUCGCAAAGUUUUCCAUGCUAUCCCUGACGACCUCAUUACGACGUGGAAGCAAUACAAAGAAUUUGUUGUUCACCACGAACGCUUCUCUAAGCCGGCAAAAGGUAGCCAUUCACCCGACCCAGCAUCACAAGUCCCCUCGGAAACGGCGCACGAAGAUGGCCUGUAUCAAAAAGAAGGACUGGCGGAUACUGCUGAGGAGAACCGCGAGACCUUCCAUACCAACGAUGGGAACGACAGUUCCCGCUCCAGAGGUUCUCAUCCCCUAUUAGACAAGGAUACUCGUAGCCAAAGACCUGUAAAUGGAGUAGAGCCGUUUACCAAGCAGGAACUAGACGAAAUGGAGGAGCUGCUGAAAAAUGUCCGUGGACACCUUGUCAUAUAUCCCACGCGAUUCUUGGAAGGAGAGGAUAUUGCAGGGAACUUCAUGUUCAAUGCAGACAGGAUGCUGCCUCUCCCAAUCUACGACUGA